UGCUAAUGUCACGCUAAUCGCUAUUUUGCAUGGAUUCGUGACUACUAUUGGUGAACUGUGGGGAAUACCAAGUGUAUUUAAUGGUGAUCGAUGGCAAAUUGACCGCUUCCGUAGUAAAAGCAUUCACGGGUCGCGUGUUCCCGUAACUCCUGGUGACUCAUCGAAGUCCUAUAUACAUUUGUCACCAUGGACACCGACGAUGGUGAAUCUUCAAGCAGUGGGCCUAUGUCUAGUUUAAAUAGCUUGUUCUCAUUCACAAGCCCUGCCGUAAAGAAGCUAUUAGGCUGGAAACAGGGCGAUGAAGAGGAGAAAUGGGCGGAGAAGGCAGUGGACAGUCUGGUGAAGAAGCUGAAGAAGCGGAAAGGCGCCAUCGAGGAGUUGGAGCGCGCUCUGUCCUGUCCCGGCACGCCUUCCAAGUGCGUCACCAUACCAAGAUCGCUUGAUGGACGAUUACAGGUUUCCCAUCGCAAAGGUUUACCGCACGUCAUCUACUGCCGAGUAUGGCGGUGGCCGGAUCUCCAGAGCCAUCACGAGUUGAAACCGCUCGAAAUAUGUCAGUAUCCCUUCAGCGCGAAGCAGAAAGAGGUAUGCAUCAACCCCUACCACUACAAGCGAGUCGAGAGUCCCGUAUUACCACCCGUGCUAGUUCCCAGGCAUUCGGAGUUCGCGCCUGGCCACUCCCUUCUACCUUUCCAAAGGACCACGGAACCAGCGAUGCCGCAUAACGUUUCUUACUCCGGAUCCGGGUUCCCGCCUUCAGCAUCAUCAGAACUGCCCGAUACUCCACCCCCGGCGUACUCUCCACCCUCAGACGACUCUGAACCCCCCGGGGAGGUCGCCCCGGUUUCGUACCAAGAGCCUUUAUACUGGGCGUCCGUUGCUUAUUACGAGCUGAACUGUCGAGUUGGCGAGGUAUUCCACUGCAACAGUCAUUCUGUAGUUGUAGAUGGCUUCACCGAUCCCUCGAACAACAGCGACAGAUUCUGCCUGGGGCAGUUGAGUAAUGUGAACAGAAAUUCCACUAUCGAGAACACGAGGCGUCACAUAGGCAAAGGUGUACAUUUAUACUACGUUGGCGGCGAGGUGUACGCUGAGUGUUUAUCCGAUGCAGCGAUAUUCGUCCAGAGUCGUAAUUGCAACCAUCACCAUGGGUUCCACCCUUCCACCGUGUGCAAAAUCCCCCCAGGGUGCUCGCUGAAGAUCUUUAACAACAGGGAGUUCGCCCAGCUUCUAUCCCAAAGUGUCAAUCACGGUUUCGAAGCGGUUUACGAGCUGACUAAGAUGUGCACGAUACGUAUGUCGUUUGUGAAGGGUUGGGGUGCGGAAUACCAUAGACAAGACGUGACUUCUACUCCAUGUUGGAUAGAGAUUCACCUCCAUGGUCCGUUGCAAUGGCUGGACAAAGUGCUGACACAGAUGGGCUCGCCCCAUAACGCGAUAUCGUCUGUAUCUUAGCCGUGUGUUCUUCCUUCUUCCCCCACCGGUUUUUUCGUAUUUUAUUUCGGAUUUAAUCUCGCAAAAUUAUUAUGUGCAUUUCUGUUACUUCGCUGCUUCCCGUUUAUGAUGGGAUUUCAAACUUAUAACGGGAUCUUAAGGUGCGUUUUCACUAAAACAAAUUCGGACAGGAAUCGCUAAAUCAGAUUGUUUCAUAGUCUCAAUAAUUGGAUUAGUUAGCUGGAGUUUUGAAAUCCCAUCGCAUUAUUCAAUUAAUAAAUUUCCGUACAAUGAUAACAUUACCAUUGUUAUGGUAUAGUUUUUUUUUUUCUAAUCUCACUUAUACACCAUGUUGCCAUGUAACGGUUUUAUAUUUUCUCAAAUGUAUGGGCCUCUUUGUUAAGGUGAAUUCUCACUGGUGCUACUUCGAACUGUUUAAAACGAAUUGGAUAUAAUUUUAAUUUAGCAGCUAUUCAUAAUUUUUAAUUAAAAUGGCUAUAGAAUAAAUAAUGUGCAUGUCAAAAUGCAAUAUUUUUCACGCGGUUUUUCGUGACUUAUUUCACAAUAAACAGAUCUACGUCUCAGAUAAUUAAAAAAAGCAAUUAAGUACUUAAUUGAUUUUUAUCUCUUAUUAAUCUGUUAUUUACAAAAAAAAAUGUAAUAGUCAUGUUUAAUCAUAAUACACUGUAUUAUUGACGCAUUUGAUUACCAACAUGAUGAUAAAUAUAAUAACCACAAACUUGUUAGAGCCACAGAAGCUAUAUUGUUAAAGCAUUCCUUACAUCAGUUUCAUAAUUUCUAACAGUCGAUAUUUAAUUUAAUUUUUUUUAAUCUUACGAUUCACCUUAACACGCCUAAAAUUAUUUUAUAAAAUUGUAGCUCAAAUCAUGUGUCCAAGAUGGAAGAAAACGUAAGACGUAUUUUUAAGUGUACUCGGUAUUUUAAUUAUAUAAAGACAUACAUUGAAAAUGGAUGAAUAUUUAAAUUGAAACUGAAUUUUGAAUAUUAUACUCGUGAAUGUUCAAUAUAAUGACAAGUUGAAGAUAUUAUUGGUGUAAAAUAAGUGUUCGAUUAAAAUCAAGCUGUUGCUUCUAAUAUACUAUGAACUCAAGAAGUAAAUUUUGAAAUACUAUUAUUAAUAUAUAAAGUUUACUAUAUAGUAUA